CACCCCCGGUUAGGUUCCGAGGCCCCGCCCACCGCGCUGAUGACGCGCAGACGAUAUCGCGCAUGCUCAGUACGGGCAGGGCAGUGUUGUUUUCCGUCCUUUGUUGAGGUGAGUCGGCGGUGGGAUCGGGAUCGGGAUCCGGGAAAGGAUUAUUCUCUGCGGGGCAACACCGACAAUUUCCAUUCGGUGUGUAUUGAAGCCGGUCCCAAGCAGGGGAGGUCUGAUGUUGGGCAGCGAGUCCCGUUAACUUUCCCGAAUUCAAACAAGAGAAAAUCUGCAGAUGCUGGAAAUCCGAGCAACGUCCGCAAAGUGCUGGAGGAACUGAGCAGGCCCGGCAGCACCCAGGAAAAGAGUACAGUCGGCGUGACCGGCCGAAACCCUUCGGCAGGACUGGAGAAUAAAAGAUCAUUGCCAGCAGGUGGUGCUUUCUUCCAACCAGACGGCAGGCAAGCAGACGACGAUCAACCAACGUCAGUCAGAGUCAGAAUGGACACAGAUCUGAACUCCGCAAUCUCGGCCUUCCUGUCAAAUUGUGAGGAUCACCAACUGUUCCGGUUGACGAGAUUCUACAUGGAGCGACUGGAGCAGGCGAUUGAGGAGGGUGUGGAGGGAGUCGGCUUCAUGUUAAUGGGCGAGGAUCACUUCACUGGGCCAGAGUAUCACAGCGUGACUGAGUUCGCGGAGAAGGGAAACCGAGCGGGCGCUUCCAAACUCCUCCUGGAUCUGGUGAUGGAGAAGGGCUCCGGGGCCCGGAGGGUGAUGUGGGAAUCCUUUGUGAAACUACACCACCAUUUACCGAAGCUGAGCAGAAUAUUGGAUGAAAUACGGGAACGAGGUGACGGCCAGUUCGCUUACAUGGACACUGAGCGGGGUUUAUCUGAAGUGCCAGCGCAUCUGAAAGAUGUUCAACAGAAACACAAGGAGACUCUGCGGGUGCAAACUGAAACACUGAGAGUGAACACGAUCCUGAUGAGGGAGAAGGUGAAGGUUUUCCAGCUGGUUGAUCGAUACGCUGAGCUCACGAUCAUUUCUACUGUUCGAGAUCGGAGACUGGUGGAACAUGAGCUGUUGGCAAGAGGCAGAGACCACGAGGAAUGGAGAGAGGAACAUCUCCGAGGACACCUGGAAAAAAUCCGGAUGGAUCAGUUAUUCAAGAGGAGUUUUCUUAAAAAAUUUAAAAGUUCUAACAUGGAAAGAAAAUCCAGGAUAUCUGCAGCGGUGGCCGGCGUUCCAGGGAUCGGGAAAACAACAAUGGUACAAAAGAUUGUUUAUGACUGGGCCACAGGGAAAAUAUACCAACAGUUCCAAUUUGUCUUCAGUUUCAAAUUCCGGGAUUUAAACUCCAUUAACUGCAGAAUAAACUUGAAGGAACUGAUACUGGAUCAAUAUCCUUACUUUGGGAAUAUCCUGAGAGAGGUCUGGAAAAACCCAGAGGGAUUGCUGUUUAUAUUUGAUGGUUUGGAUGAAUUCAACGACAAAAUUGAUUUUGCUGACAGUCAGAGAGACACAGAACCUCGGUCCACAUGCACAGAUCCUGAAUUCAAGUGCAAGGUGUCUGACAUUGUGUACAGUUUAAUCCAGCACAAGCUGCUCCCAGGGUGUUCAGUGCUGGUGACCACCCGUCCCACUGUGUUACGUUUACUGGAAAAGGCAGAGAUCAGUGUCUGGGCUGAAAUCCUGGGAUUUCUUGGUGAGGAACGGAAGGAAUAUUUCAUCAGACAUUUUGAAGAUGAGACGGUGGCAGCAGCUGUUUUCAAACACGUGAAGGAGAACGAGAUCCUGUACACCAUGAGCUACAACCCCUCCUACUGCUGGAUCCUCACUUUAGCACUGGGCCCCUUCUUCACACAAAGAGUCAGGAACCCGCAGCGAGUUCCCAAGACCAUCACCCAACUGUACUCCUACUAUAUUUACAACAUCCUGAAAAACCACGGCCGUGAGAUUGAGAACCCCCGUGAUGUGUUGCUCAGGGUUGGUCAGAUGGCCUUCAGAGGAGUGUCCGAGAAGAAGAUUGUGUUUACAGAUGGAGAUUUGAUCAAAUACAAUCUGCAGCCUUCCCAGUUCCUGUCUGGGUUCCUGAUGGAGCUUUUGGAGAGAGAGAAUUCUGCCCGGUGUGUGGUGUACACAUUCCCACACCUCACCAUCCAAGAGUUUGUAGCUGCAGUCAUACAAUUCCUGACUCUAAAUCCUGGGAGUAUCUUGAAAUUCCUCACUGAAGCCCACAACACAACAGAUGGCCGAUUUGAGAUAUUUCUCCGUUUCGUUGCUGGUCUCUCCUCCCCAAUGACAGCUCGGGGCCUGGAGGAGUUUCUGGGUCCAUUUCCUUAUCAAACAACCUGCCGGGUGAUUGACUGGGUGAAGGAGGAGGUUAAGCGCCAGAGUGGAAACACAUGGAGCGAAGCUGGUAAAAGGAGCCUCCUGAACACAUUGCACUACCUGUUUGAGUCUCAGAAUUGCGGGCUGGCUCAGGCCGCACUGGGAUCUGUGGAAACACUUUCAUUCAGUGGAAUGACACUGACCCCGAUUGACUGCGUGGUCCUGUCUCAUGUCAUCGGACUGUGUGAUACAAUAAAACACCUCGACCUGGAGGACUGCAACAUUCAGUGUGAAGGAAUCCAGCGGCUGGGACCCGGACUGCACAAGUGCCAGCAGUUGAGCCUUGGGGAGAAUGAACUGGGAGAUUCAGGAGUGAAACUGGUGUCUGCGGCUCUGAGGAACCCGCAGUGUAAAAUACAGAAACUGUGGCUGAACCGUGUCGGUCUCACAGAUUCUGGUGCCGAGGAUCUCGCCUCCGCUCUCAGUACAAACCCAUCACUGACGGAGCUGAAACUGAAUAAUAAUAAACUGGGAGAUUCAGGAGUGAAACUGGUGUCUGCGGCUCUGAGGAACCCGGAGUGUAAAAUACAGAAACUGGGGCUGAACCGUGUCGGUCUCACAGAUUCUGGUGCCGAGGAUCUCGUCUCCGCUCUCAGUACAAACCUAUCACUGAUGGAGCUGGACCUAGGAUUAAACUCGCUGACAGACCGAUCUGUCCCCGCUCUCCGCCGCCUCAUACUGACCCUCCCGAGUCUGAAGCGGAUCGGGCUGUGGCAGAAUCUGUUCAGUGAGACCGGGGAGAAGAAACUGGGAUCUCUGCAGGGAGUCAGACCCGGACUGACAGUGACGGUGUGAACAUCUGAGUGUGUGAACAGGGACAUUUUGGCCGAUUCCUGGCCCUCCCCUUACCGGCAAAAAUGUUGGUGGUGAAUUGGCGGGGGGGGGGGGGCGGGGGGGGGGCUGGGUAGUGACAAACUUUAUUUUUGUUUAAUCCCCCUUAACUCCCAUGCUUAUGUUUAAUGGCCGUUUAUGUUUAUGAUUAUGUUUAAAUUCCCAACGGUUUUAAGGGAACUGGAAACAACAGGAAUUCUGCAGAUGCUGGAAAUUCAAGCAACACACAUCAAAGUUGCUGGUGAACGCAGCAGGCCAGGCAGCAUUUCUAGGAAGAGGUACGGACUAGUCCUGACGAAGGGUCUCGGCCUGAAACGUCGACUGUACCUCUUCCUAAAGAUGCUGCCUGGCCUGCUGCGUUCACCAGCAACUUUGAUGUAUGUUAUGGGAACUGACUCCAGUCCCGCGCUCGGCGACGUUCAGAGCUUCCCCGAAGUGAUGUUUUUCUGCGUCCUGUCCAGCGGCGCUGCUCUGGCCAGAUGUGCGGGUUCAAGACUCCCCCACGUGAGACCCCGGGGAAUUACACAGACAGGAAGAGCCCGGGGGCCGGGGCUCAAUCUGGGACACCGGUGUCCCGGGGUGGGAUUAUCCCGGGAGAGAAUCCUUUUGCUCCCUUUGCUGAGGACGGUGCAUUCGGCAGUCUGGCCGAUAUAAUGAUGUUAAAUUGACAAAUACCUCGGCAGUGACCCUGGAUCUGCAGCGAUCCCGGUCACGGCCCUGAAGUGUGAUUUUAUAAUCAUCGGUUCCCCGAUGCAGAGUGACGGUGAGAAACGGGACUGAUUAUUCAACCGGUCACCCGUUGUCACCGGUCAGUUAAUUGUGUGUGACUGUGAGUGAGUCGGGAGCAGUUUAUUUAUUCCCGCACGUCAGCAGCUCACACAUUGUUUAAUUUACAUUUGUCAUGUUGAAAUCAAUAAACUGCUGUAACUUCC